GACCUUCAUUUUGAGCGUUCGUUUUAGUUCCGUUCAACGAGUGAGAAGAUUUAUCUUUGCAAAGCGUUCCUGUGAAACUCAUCCAAAAUGGCCGAAGACGGAGAUGCCGAAAACGAAUUGUUGGACUACGAAGAAGAAGAGAACGAAGCACCCGCUGAGGGAGCCCAAGCCGUUAAAGACCAGGCAAAGAAAGACGUCAAAGGAACCUAUGUGAGCAUACACAGUUCUGGUUUCCGCGAUUUCCUUCUCAAACCCGAACUUCUGAGAGCCAUUGUCGACUGUGGUUUUGAACAUCCUUCAGAAGUUCAACAUGAAUGCAUCCCACAAGCCAUCCUUGGUAUGGAUAUAAUUUGUCAAGCAAAGAGUGGUAUGGGCAAAACAGCCGUGUUUGUCCUUGCUACCCUUCAACAGCUUGAGCCAGUUGAUGGCCAAGUCAGUGUGUUGGUAAUGUGCCACACGCGAGAGUUGGCUUUCCAGAUUCAUAAGGAAUAUGAAAGGUUUUGUAAGUACAUGAGUAAUAUCAAGAUUGCAGUUUUCUUUGGAGGAAUUAACAUCAAGAAGGAUCAGCAGGUUCUGAAGACCAACUGCCCCCACAUUGUUGUCGGCACACCUGGAAGAAUAUUGGCACUGACGAGAGAAAAGUCCCUUAAUCUGAAACAUACGAAGCACUUCAUUCUUGAUGAAUGUGACAAAAUGCUUGAACAGCUCGACAUGAGAAGAGAUGUUCAAGAAGUAUUUCGCAUGACACCACAUGAAAAGCAAGUCAUGAUGUUCAGUGCCACCCUUCCAAAAGAUAUACGACCUGUCUGCAAGAAGUUCAUGCAAGAUCCAAUGGAAGUAUAUGUAGAUGAUGAGACAAAAUUAACCCUCCAUGGGUUACAACAGUACUACCUAAAACUACAGGAUAGGGAAAAGAACAGAAAACUCUUGGAUGCUCUUGAUGCUUUAGAAUUUAACCAGGUGAUUAUUUUUGUGAAGACCGUACAAAGAUGUGUUGCUCUUGCUAAGCUCUUGGUAAACCAGAACUUCCCAGCUAUUGCUAUCCACAGAGGAAUGGCCCAAGAAGAACGGUUAUCAAAGUACCAGCAGUUCAAGAACUUUCAAAAGAGAAUACUAGUGUCCACUGAUUUAUUUGGAAGAGGAAUGGAUAUAGAGAGAGUCAACAUAGUAUUCAAUUAUGAUAUGCCAGAAGACUCUGAUACCUACUUACACAGGGUUGCCCGUGCUGGUCGAUUUGGUACCAAAGGUCUGGCCAUUACCUUUGUAUCAGAUGAAAAGGAUGCUAAAGUGUUGAAUGAAGUACAGGAUAGAUUUGAGGUCAAUGUAGGGGAACUACCAGAAGAAAUUGAUAUUACAUCAUACAUUGAACAAGCACGCUAAGAUGAAUGAAUGCACUUCGCGAAAGACCAGAUACCAAAACUGUCAAUACUUUUGUACAAAUUUGUCAUCGUAUUCUUCAACCAAGGCUGAAAUCUAGAUUAGAUUAUGCACUCGUCAUAAGUAGCAGUUAGACUGCUACAGAACCAUUUCAUUUUUAAAGAACUUUUUAUAAUACUUGUAUUUCCAGCAAACUAUGUUUCCUGUUACAUACAGAAGUCUGUUCUCUGGGCUGAAAUAGUUGAUGUUUAGUAAGAUUUUUUGCUAUUUUAAGUUUUAGUCAUAUUAACUUGUAAUAAAGUCGGUUUUACCUAAA